GCGUGCCAGUGUGCUCUACGGGUAAAGACGGGUCUUUUGGGGUUUUUCCUUUUUAUCUAGUCCACGAAUUACGUUAUUUUCUUUCUUAAAAUGAAACUUGCAACGUAAUCCAUUUCGUAACAUGUGCAACGGAUAGAAGUUUUCCAAUCGUUGCGAUUUAGUGUAUUUAUUUCAUUUGCAUACACCUUCCAAUAAUUUUUGUAUCGAUUUCUCCGGAUUGUUAUUACAUUUUUUCGCUCACGAUGGCGUCAUGGACCAAUUCGAAAAGGAGUUUCAAAAUUUUCAUAGUGACAGUGCUCGUGGCGAUCACUGGCUGUGCUUCGCAAUCCAUUCAGAUAACGCCCAACGAAGAAGAACCGGUAAGAGAAGAACGGUCGAAAUACGGCGUGACGUGCUACGGUCCAAACCUCAGCGAAUUCCAAUGGCGCGGUCCCGCCGGCAUAAUAUCGCAGAGCCCGCAAUUCAGGGUCCAUUCGCAAAAGUUACCAAUGCAGCGGAACCAGACCGGACUUCUGUUGGUGUUCGAAACGGUCAAACAGGAGGACGUGGGCAAAUACUUUUGCACUGCGACCGGUAUGGACGGACGCGGUCAUGUCAUUAGCAUCACGUUGACCGUGACCAAAAUAUUGGAAUUCGACACGCCCGCAGAACAGAUCGCCGACGAGUACGCCGACUACUUCAUCAGGUGCAAGGUGAAAGGCAACUCAAACCCCACGUUUAUGUGGUCGUACAACGGUCAGACGUUAAAAGAAAAGACGACGAGCGGAAAAUAUUCGGUGCUAGAAGGCGGACUGAUGGUGCGAAACGUGACACACCUGGAUUCGGGUGAAUACACGUGCAGAGCCUUCGAGACCACUAACAAGUCUAGUGUUUCCGGAAUUAAAGUUAUCGAAUUGAAAGUCAGACACAAACCGGUGUUUUUAAACCACAUACAAGGCGAUCCCGUCGACCUGUACGUAUUCCAGACGGACUCGGUUAAUUUAUCGUGUCAGAAUUCAGCCGAACCGGCGGCAAACAUGACGUGGACUUUCAACGGAAAAUUAUUCACCAACCCGGCCGACCACUACCUCGUGACGUUCAACAGACCGGAAAAGUUGGGAUCGUACUCGUGCACGGCCACGAAUAGUUUGGGCAAAAUUACCAGACGGUUCAACCUGAUCGAAGGGUUCAAGCCAAAAAUGCCCAGCGGUCUGUCAGUUGCGCGUGUCGGCGACAACUUCAUCGAACUGCAAGUGGUGCCCAACGACAAAGGGGACGAGUUGAUUGGCUACAGAGUCGAGUACGUGACGAGAGUCGUGGAACCCAGCGGAAAGACUUUCGAAAGUUUCGACAUGAUGAACUUCAAUACUACCGAAGGUCCUUUCGUGCUCGUCAACCUCAAGCCGAACACCGAGUAUAUAACGAAAAUCUUGGCGAGGAACCGGGCCGGAAACAGCGAAUACACCGAGCCGAUCGUGGUCCGGACGUCGCCGGUGAUCGUCACCAGCGGAGCGCCGGCCCUUUUCGACGGGUUCCUCCUGCAGCAGCUGCUAGCCGUCAUCGUCGCCGUCUCGUUCGUGACUGGACUGUAAAGGUCCCGCCGACCCUAUACAGACAGCCGCAUAAUAAUAUCAUAAUACUAAUUAGAUCGAUACACGUGCAGCCUUCGUAGAUCUGAAAGUAGCUAUUUUGUGUACAGGACUAAAGCGCCAUCGCGACGACGAGAUCUAUCCGUCUCUCUCCACACACACACACACACACACACACACACACACACACACACACACACACAGAUACUAUAUGAGUUGUAUGCGAGCGACGCCGCCGAUCCGGUCAAAGUGAUGGUCGUUAAAAUUAUUCUCCGACCGCCGCUUGUUUUUCGUUUUCAUCGUAAAUAAUAAUGUAAAAAAAAAAUAAUAAUAUACACUAUGCGUGUCGCUUAUCGUCGCGACGAUACAACAGUAAUAAUAAUAUACUAUCGUCGUCUACUCUACAACAUACAGUAUGCAUCUGUAUCGCAUGCCGAAUCCGCGUGAAUGACGCUCCGAUAUAACACUAACACGCUAUUCUAUAGGUACAGUACGUCGUAAUAUUACACACACACACACACACACACACACACACACACACGCAUAAUACACGUGACUUACACACACGCGGACGUACGAGAUUUGGCUUUUGUCGCAGUAUAUUUCGUCGGCGACGGCUGUGUGUAAUAUUCGUGUGAGUUCGGUGAAGAGUGCGAGUGAAAUAAUAAUAUGUCCGCCGCCGCAGUGCGCAAAAUAGUAGUGUUUAUACAUACACGCGCGCCCCGUCAUUCCGAAGUAAAAAUAAUAAUAAUAUUAUUACUGCGUCGACGUAUUUAUUUUGUUUUGCCGACGAACGUCUCAGCUUUUUCCGUCGCCGUCGAUACAUACGUGGCGACUUAGUGCGAAAAUAAAAUAUUUAUUAAAAUCGUUUUUGAGGUUUUUUUUCUGCGCCGUAAUAUUAUUUACAAUAAAAUACUAUAUAUGAUAUAUAUAUAUAUAUAUAUAUUAAUAUUAUGUAACUGUAAAUAUUUAAAUACUUUAAUACUACGAUAUUGUAUAUUUUACGUGUAUCUACUCUAGUGACGAUAAUCCCUAUAUAUAUAUUAUGUAGGUAUUGUUAGGAUUAUAUUAUGAUAUACGACACGCAUUUUGUUUGAUUAUGAUACAUAUAUCGUUUAAAUGGAUAAAUAAACAGCUCCGAUCCGACGUACGUGGCAUAAAAAAAAAAUAUCAAAACAUGAUAUUUUCGACGCCGCCGCUCGGUAUAUUCGCGCGCAUAACGUCAAUAUUAUGAUCGCGUGCUGUAUAUUAUUAUGUUAACGAUGUAAAACUAUAAUCGAAUAACACAAUAUGACAUUGAUUAUUAUAUUGAUAAUAUAUUAUUUUUAUUGUACUAUAUAUACGUAUGUUAAUUACCAUUACUUUAUAUUAUUAUUAUUAUUAUUAUUAUAUACAUAUAUUACGACUAUUAUAUUAUAACUAUUAUAACUAUUGUAAUAUUGCCUAUUAUUGUUUUUGUACGCGUGACGCGAGAAAAUGUGCCCUCUCGAAACGACGAAAAACGAUUACUAUAGUACUUACCAGCGACAAUACUACUCGUAUUGUACGCACACGUAGGUGCAUUAUAAUAAUAAUAUGUACGUGUGAUAUAAGAAAUAAAAAGAAAACCGCUUGACAUGAAAAAAUAAUAUAUCGGCUUAUGCAAUUUUCUAUGUGCGCGUACCACACGCCGUGCCGGCGCAUGAUUUAUUCGGUUUCUAUUUUUUUCGGUUUUUAUCAUUUUAAUAAUAAAGUGAACACUCUGUGACACGCCGUGUGGCCGUCGCCGCCGCCGCCGCCGCCGCCGCAUUUACAAUAAAACGGUUUUUACGACCAGAAUCUGACGUCGAGAACAACAUAAUAUACUUUGAAUAUUUAUUAGGUACGUCUUCAUUCCCUCCCCCCCAGCACAACUACCGCCACCGCCAACCCCUUACGACACGGUUUCCCCGCGCGUUCGCGGAUAUACGUUAUUAGAAUAUCCGCGCCGCCACCGGUGCGGUGUCCUCGUGUACUCGACAUGAUAGUAGUGGUCCCGCACUAGAUUUUCGUCGUCUGACCGAGCCAGCCGCGCGAGCAGCCAACAAAGUACACACACACACACACACACACGAGCGCGUGUCGGCGAGCGGACGAGUGCGAGGGAUUUCGCGUACGUACCUUUAUUGUGCACUACUACGAUAUAUGUAUGUAUGCGCGCGGCACUCGAUCGCGGGGCUAAAGACCUUUACAUAUUAUAUGACUGCGACGUUUUAGAUCCCGAGAGCAUCUCGUAUUUUUUUUCCUCCUUUCGUUUUAUCUCGACGACCCCGUCUUCCCCGUGCACUACUAUUAUGAUACCAUACGAUAUAUAUAUAUGCGCAUUUUUAGUGUCCUUAAAACGCCAAAUUCCUUACGGUUAAUAAACAUCGGUUCAUAUAAAAUAUAUAAUUUAUCGAUACACGCGGCAUCGUUUUAUGUAGAACACGCGACUAUAUAUUAUUACAAUAACGUUUAUAUAGCGUACCCGGAGAUAAUCUGUUCUGAACGAGAUCAUUUUUUUUAUUAUUAUUAUUAUUAUCAUUAUUUCUACGGCAUAAUAAUAUACUCCUACGACGAGAUGCUUAGUAUCGUAUCUUUUGAUCGUGUUCGACGACCGCGAUGGCUAUUGUUUAGAAAAUUUAUGCCCGUUUUACAUCGAUACACGAAAUGACUAAUAAUAAACACGAUGCAGUGUUUCUAUCGUCGACUCUCGAAGAGUGUUUUACUUUGAAGUCGAAAAAUAUAUUUUCCUGCUUUGAAAAGCGUUUAUUUUUUAUUAUAUUACCCGUGAGGAUUUUGGUGUCUACGAGAAACGAUUAGAAUUUCUUACCCGCCGAAUAUCAAUAUCAGUACUGAAUUUACGCGAUUGUGUGUGCACUUCCUAACGCAUUGCCGCGGAUUUCGGAAUGAUCUCACAAUAUAAUCGAAUCGAAUCUUCGCCGGACGUUCGGCCAGUAAUGUUGACGAUAUAUACGUGAAAAUAGUUGUAUAUAAUUACCAUAUCUGAGCUCAUGCAUAUAAUUAGCGUCGCUUGAAUAUUAUCGUUAUUUACGAUGGCCGUUUAAAAGUCGUGUCUGUAUGUAAUCAAUGAACGAACGUUGGUAAUGUGCGCGCCCAAAAAGUUCAAUAACAGAAAAUAAUAAAAAAUUAACGUCUUAUUUUUUUCCUCCCACUGCACACGUAUUUAUUACGUGGAGACCGUUUUUCAGAAAGUGUUACAAUUUUUUUAUUCACUUUUUGUUUAUUCAACUUUAUUGUUCUUGUAAAACUAUUAUUAUUAAUAUUACUGUCAUUUUUUUAGAUAUAUAAAAAUAUAUUU